GGUGGAAGUUUAGAUGUAAUUUAUAAACAUGUUAAUCAAAGACAAGGAACAAUUGGUGAACCGAUCUUGGGAAAGAUCGCAGAAUCGGUAUUGAAAGGAUUGGUUUAUCUCUAUGAACAACAUAUUAUCCAUAGGGAUAUAAAGCCAUCUAAUAUUUUGGUAACAAGACUCGGUGAAAUAAAAAUUUGCGAUUUUGGAGUGUCAGGUGUUUUAGAAUCAUCAUCUGUCAACACUUUUUUGGGUACUAGUUAUUAUAUGGCCCCUGAACGUAUUAAAGGUCAAAAAUAUAAAGUAUCAGCUGAUGUAUGGUCUUUAGGAUUGACAAUAAUGGAGGUCGCACAAAAUAGAUUUCCUUAUCCUACUGUUGCUCCAAUUGAAUUAGUUGCACAUAUAGUCAACUUACCAGCACCUGUGCUAGGUGAUGAAUACGAAUGGAAUGGUGAACAAAGACCAACACCAAAGCAAAUGCUUGGUCAUCCAUUUAUUCAAAAAUCAUUAAGUAGAGAAGUUCCUUUACAACAAUGGAUUAAAGAA